AUGUCUUUCGUUAACGUAGCCCCAGAUAGCGACUUUCCUAUCCAAAACUUGCCUUAUGGCGUGUUCUCUACACCAGAUAAUCCAAGGCCAAGAAUUGGUGUUGCUAUUGGUGAUUUCAUUCUUGACUUGACGCAAGUAAAACAGUUGUUUGAUGGUCCAGUGUUGAGGGAUAUCCAGGAUGUCUUUGAUCAGCCAACUCUAAAUGCCUUCAUGGGUUUGGGCAAACCGGCUUGGACUGAAGCCAGAAGUACUUUACAGCAGAUUCUUUCUGACUCAGAGCCUGUCCUUCGGGACAAUGCGGAACUACGGGCAAGGGCCCUUGUUCCCCAGAGCCAGGCAACAAUGCUUCUACCAGCAAGAAUAGGUGACUACACAGAUUUCUAUUCCUCCAAGAACCAUGCUUUCAAUGUUGGAUGCAUGUUUCGUGAUCCAGCCAAUGCCCUAAAUCCAAACUGGACCUAUCUCCCAGUUGGGUAUCAUGGCAGAGCUUCAUCAGUUGUUGUGUCAGGAACUCCAAUUCGUCGACCUACAGGGCAGACCCGGCCUGAUGACAAUAAACCUCCGGUGUUUGGUCCUUGCCGAUUGCUUGACUUUGAACUGGAGAUGGCUUUUUUCACUGGCCCAGCCACAAGAUUAGGAGAACCUGUUUCUAUGGACAAGGCAGAAGAUCACAUCUUUGGCAUGGUUCUGAUGAAUGACUGGAGUGCACGUGAUAUUCAAAAGUGGGAGUAUGUUCCACUGGGUCCAUUUCUGGCCAAAAAUUUUGGAACCACGGUCUCACCGUGGGUGGUUACGAUGGAUGCCCUGAAACCUUUCAUUGUUACCAAUCUGCUUCAGGAUCCUGCACCACUGCCAUAUCUUCAGCAAGAGGACAACUAUAACUUUGAUAUCAAACUGGAUGUAUCCAUCAUGGCUGAUGGACUUGCAAAGCCAGCCGUAAUUAGCAGGUCUAAUUUUAAAAACAUGUACUGGACAAUGAAACAGCAGCUGGUCCAUCACACAGUCACAGGGUGUAACAUCAAUCCAGGGGAUCUCAUGGGUUCAGGAACAAUCUCUGGAGAGAGUCAGGAUUCCCUGGGAUCUCUGUUGGAGUUGUGUUGGAAGGGAACUAGGACUGUUGAUCUAGGCAACGGAGUCACUCGCAAGUUUCUGCAGGAUGGUGAUGAAGUCAUUUUCAGUGGCUACUGUGAAGGUAAUGGUUACAGAGUGGGGUUUGGCACCUGCGCAGGGAAGAUACUGCCAGCUCAUGCUGCUCUGGUUGGUUAG